ACCAGGGAUGAAGUGAAGUCGCUCGCCGGAGUUCUUUCAGCUGCUGUUCUGUGUUUUUCUCCUCUUUUUACUCACAUCUGGUGAAGCGAAUCACUUCCUCUGUCUGUGAUGUCUCCCACUGCGCUGCGCUCUAACAAGGCUGGUCACCUCCUCCUACGUCCUCCUUCCCCCUUGUGACGCUCUGUAGAGACACAGAGGAGAGCCAGCGAGGACCACAGGACGUGACACACAGACAGGAGCGGCCACGGACCCUGAGCGCGGCCCGGCCGACCCUCUGGAACCCAGGUCUGACUCCCGACACAACGUAGAGGUUUUGAAAACUGAACAGAACCGCCGGCGUCAUCUGAACUUUCCGCAGGGUGUUCCCCUUCCCUUAUAUGGAUGAAGAACUGGGAAACCGUUUGGGUUUGUCUGGUUUCUUUUGCACUGACGUCUGUCCACCGCAGCGAGCAGCAGGGUAUGUUUGACUGCCAGACCGCCCCCCGGGUUAUUCUUCCCUGUGUUGUUUGCGUGCAGGACUUUUAUUGAAGGGACAGCAGGCAGACAGGAGUGUUUGUGGUGAGGCCACAGGAACUGCUGUCACUGUUCCCAGGGGUGUCUGGCUUCAUGCACUGUGGCUCCUCUCUCUGUCCUGCAUACCAUCUAUCUCUGGAAUCCAGACACACAGAGAAAGCUGUGGGGGGGGGGGGGCACAGCGGCCAUACAGGAAGUGAAACCCAUCGGCGCCCAGGAAGUUGUGUUGAAUGCUGGCUGCUGUUGUCCCGUGUUCACCCUCCUGAGAAGUGCGGGGAAGCGGGGACCACUCUGGAGGACAGCCAGGCCAAGUGCUCCCCAUCAGGGUGCCUCACCAUGCCACAACCCACCCUGAGGCCGACUGCCUCUCUGUCACCUCUGACCUACACCGACUGUGGAGCACCGCGAAUGGGCAGGCGGACGUUCCACAACUGACAGGCGGAGAACAGCGGCGUCGGUGGUCAUGGCAACGUCGGCGUGGUACCACCGGGACAUCAGCCGGGCGCGUGCCGAAGACCUCCUGGCCUGGGCUGGAAGGGAUGGCAGCUUCCUGGUUCGGGACAGUGAGUCGGUCCCUGGAGCCUAUGCCCUCUGUCUGCUGUUCCAACGACACGUUCAUACGUACCGUAUCGUCGCGGAUGCAGAUGGUCUGUUGGCUGUCCAGACGACUCAGGGGGUGCAGGUGAACUGUUUCCGUACUCUGGGGGACCUGGUGUUGGGGUACCAGCACCCCCAUAAGGGUCUGGUCACCCCGCUGCUUUACCCGGUGGGGAGGGACGUGGAGCCUGGCGAUGAGAGUUCAGGAGAGGAUGACAAGCCAGGGUUGGCAUGCGCUCCCAGUCCAGCCCAAGCUCUGCCAAUUGGACCCCCGGUCACCCUGCCCGAACAUCACGUCUUCCUCCAACGACUACAGGAGCUCAACACAUCUAGUGCGGCGGGCGAGGUGAUUGGGGUUCUGAACGAAUAUCUGCGCAGUGAGUUUCCCAUGGAUGUUGAGGGUCUCCGUCGAGGGGCAACAGGCCUGCGGCAUCUGCACCGGACCCUGGGCGUUGCGUGUCAAGGUCUCAACAGUGAGAUUGACCUAACCAUGUCCAGUUUGGAGACGCUGGCCAAAGUCUUUGACCAUCCCACUUGCCUUUUAAUAUCCACCAAGUCACAGAACAUGUCAGGAGGUCCAGAUGUGGAGCUGGACAUCCUGCUGGGGAAGAUCUCUACGCUGAUCAGCCUGCUCUCCUCCCUGGAGAAGAGGGUGUUGACAGCUCUUCAAGAUGCCGUAACCAAUCACAACCUGGCUGUGCAGCAUGCCCCUCCCCCUGAGACGGCCUCUACCUUGGCUCCAUCGUCAUCCCUGGCCACUGACUCCACCUCGGCCACUGCCUCAUCCCCGGCCACUGCCUCAUCCCCGGCCACUGCCUCAUCCCCGGCCACUCACUCAUCCCCAACGACUGCCUUAUCCCCAACCACUGACUCAUCACCAACCACUGACUCAUCCCCAACCACUGACUCAUCCCCAACCACUGCCCCUGUCCCCAAGAACCUAGCCAGGGCCACACCCGUACAUUCCUUUCAGGUUAAGAUGGUGCGCUACGGCAGACAGACGGUGUCGGUGGAUGUGGACAUGGGCGUGCUGAUCUUUGACAGGAAGUCCGGGUCACCGGCCGGAGUGGAGACGGUGUCCCACGAACGAAUUCUGCAGCUGGUCCGGUUCCAGAGCGGCCCGGCCAAGCUACGCAUGGUGGUGGAUGGCCAUCAGAACACGCCACGAGAGCUCACGUUUGAGAGUGAACGGAAACGGGAGGCGUUCUGUCAGCUGCUCCAGUUGAUGAAGACCAAGCAGUCUCAUCUGUCAGAACCAGACAUCCUCUCUGUGUUUGUGGGCACCUGGAACAUGGGAGGCUCCCCCCCUCCUCGGACUCUGCGUUCCUGGGUGACGUGCUGUGGCCUGGGCAGAACCCCGGACGAAUCCACGGCUCUGCUGCCUCAGGACGUCUACGUUCUGGGUACCCAGGAGAACCCCCAGGCAGAGAAGGAGUGGACAGAGCACAUCAGAGCUUCCCUGCACAGCUUCACACACAUUGACUACAAGCAGGUGGCAGUGCAGUCCCUGUGGAACAUGAGACUGGCAGUGUUUGUCAAGCCGGAGCACGAGAACCGUGUCAGACGCGUGAAUACGGCCUGUGUAAAGACCGGCCUGGGGAACACACUUGGAAAUAAAGGUGCAGUUGGGGUGUCCUUCUUUUUCAACGCUACCUCCUUCGGCUUCGUUAACUGCCACCUGACCUCAGGCGCAGAGAAAGUGGUGAGGAGGAACCAGAAUGUCUCGGACAUUCUCAGGCUGUUGUCCCUGGGCGACAAGCAGGUUGGCCCUUUCGACAUCGGCCUGCGUUUCACACAUCUGUUCUGGUGUGGAGACCUCAACUACAGACUAGACCUGGAUGUCCAGGACAUCCUGAAACAUGUUUCGAAGCGGCAGUUUGAUGAGCUGAUGUGCGCUGAUCAGCUGACGCGAGAACGACACAAGAGAAAGGCCUUCCUCAAUUUCAAGGAAGAGAAGAUUGCAUUCCCGCCCACCUACCGUUACGAGAGGGGCUCCAGGAACUGUUACCUGUGGCAGAAGUACAAGACCUCUGGCGUGCGUGUCAAUGUGCCGUCAUGGUGUGACCGAAUUCUGUGGAAGUCCUACCCGGAGACACACAUCACCUGCAACUCGUACGGCUGUACAGAUGACAUCGUCACCAGUGACCACUCGCCGGUUUUCGCCACAUUCAGUGUAGGGGUGACAUCACAGUUCAUCUCCAAAACAGGCCCCAGUACGGAGAGAGCGUGGGUAGAGUUGGACGGCAUCGAAGCCAUUGUGAAGACAGCCAGCAAAGCCAAGUUCUUCAUUGAGUUUCACUCAUCCUGCCUUGAAGAGAGUCGCCGCUCCGCGGAGAAUGACUCCCAAAGCUGUGAUGUGCCGGGUUUCCUCAAACUGGGCUGGUCUCCCAGGCAGCUGCCGAAGCUUCUCCCGAUCAUCUCUGAUAUGGAGUACCUCCAGGAGCAGCACCUCCUGCUGUCUGUGAAGUCAUGUGACGGGUUUGAGUCAUACGGUGAGUGCUGCGUGGCGCUGGGCUCCUUGCUCCGCUCCGGGGAGCAGUUUGAGACAUUUCUGACCCACCGGGGUGAAGAGAUGGGUUCCAUCCGGGGCAGGGUCAAGGUUCACGUGCCCAAGAACCGACGAGGAACCAGGGAGAAGACCUAUGAGUGUUUCUGCUUUGACAAGAAUGAAAAGGGUCAUGUGACUCCUCCGUCCACUCAGGCACCAAUCAGCCGAUCCUCACCACCCCCACCCAAGCCUGGCCCCAGUAGCUACACAAACCCUGCUUACUUCAUAUUCGAAGGCGUGCCUGUCCUACGCAAGGUGGAGGAGACACCACCCCAUCACAGGGACCCCCAGGUGGUCUGGGCCGGUGACAUAGCCAUGCAGCUGCCAAAGCUCUCGGGGGGGCGAGGCUCCGACAGAAAGUCUUCUCGCCGGUCGGACUUCACGGAGAUUGAGAUUCCGAGCAACCUGCCCCGAUACCCCUCCUCCAAUGACCACCACCCUCCACGGACCAGCUCCUAUCAGCUGUUCCCCCCUGCGCCCAGCCCCACCACCACCUCUCACUACCACGAACAGCCCACGCAACCGCGGCCGGGCCAAAACCACAUCGUUCCGGGCUCUGUCCAGCCUGUUAAGACCCUGGUGGACGUGUACAAGAACCGCUCUGCCAUCGUCCGGGAACUCCCCUGCAGAGAGCGGCCUAGGGUUCACCGACUGGAACGAGCCAGUCCUGCACUGAGCAGCAAACCCCCGGUCCUAUACCCCUAUGGGUCCACGCGGGGGUCCCGCAACCAGGCCUCAGCGCCCUGGGUUGUGGAGCCUUCCGCAGGGCCCCCGGGAGACCACUCCCUCACUGCACUGCAGAUGGCAAAGUCCCUCAGUGAGGUUGAUUUCUCUCCUGUGGAGCUCGGGGUUCCGUUCACGCCACGCCAGAGACCUGCCCAGAGGAACGACCCGUCCACGGCUGCAGAGAGAGGCUACUGCUGGGAGAAAGAGGUCCUCCACGGAGCUCCGGAGACUGUACGGGAACUUCUCAGCACCCUGGGUCUGCAGAGAUACACGCUGGGGCUCAGCCUCAAUGGCUGGGAUGACCUGGACUACUUCAGUGGCAUCACUGAGGAAGAUCUGCGUGCUGCCGGAGUGUCCAACCCUUCACAUCGCCGCAAGAUCCUGGACAACCUACCUAAGAUCUGGGAUUCACUGUAGACCUACUCACCUUGUGAGGGGUUUCAAAUGGAUCGACUUCAGUGAUCGGUGCCUCUGACCCAUUGGAUCUAACGCCGUCAUUUGAUCUACAGUAACAGUGAAGAGCUUGUGCACAAGCACACAGAAGACCCUCACCUCACAUUCAGUUUCCCUCGAAGGGUCCAGUUUCUCAAAGCCCAGUGUUGAUUUUGGGCAUCCCUGGAGUGUUUGCCUGAACUGUCACGUGCCACACUCCCAGUGCACUGUCCCCUGCUCUGCUGAUAUGGCGCCCAGAGAGACGCUUGUGGAAGCACUCAGCAAGGGCCAUGUAGGGCAGAAUGUAUGGCUGUACGCAUUUACCUGCACAUGCUGUUGCCUGAGCCGGUCAUUUAACAUAUGGACACUCUUAUGCUUCGUGUUUACUCUCCUGUGGUAUUAUCUUGUCAGCGUGGUGUAGCUGACCUCUGUGAUAACAGUUAAUGAACAUUCUGUAAUCUUCCGUGUUACAUCCUGUUUCUCUGGGACUGCCUGGUUAUUGAUCCCACAGCCUGGGACUGCCUGGUUACUGAUCCCACAGCCUGGGACUGCCUGGUUAUUGAUCCCACAGCCUGGGACUGCCUGGUUAUUGAUCCCACAGCCUGGGACUGCCUGGUUAUUGAUCCCACAGCCUGGGACUGCCUGGUUACUGAUCCCACAGCCUGGGACUGCCUGGUUGUUGAUCCCACAGCCUGGGACUGCCUGGUUGUUGAUCCCACAGCCUGGGACUGCCUGGUUAUUGAUCCCACAGCCUGGGACUGCCUGGUUAUUGAUCCCACAGCCUGGGACUGCCUGGUUAUUGAUCCCACAGCCUGGGACUGCCUGGUUAUUGAUCCCACAGCCUGGGAUUGUCGUGGGCCCCUGAAAGGUGACAUUUUUUUAACUCUUAUUGUUUUUUUAUUUUUAAUACUCUUAAUUGUAUUAAAAGGACUGUUUACUGAUUGAGAGAUAGCUGUGGUUCCUGCACACUGCCACUGUCUGUUGCUUGAGGACCGAAAACCUGUGGUACUUCGUGGUCACCAGUGGUAGCCUGUGGUUUCUCCUGGGAACCCAUGGUCAGAAGCGGUAACCUGUGGAAUCGGGUGGUUCGUUGCAGGGGUUUCACUCGGAUUGUAAUUCAAUCAUGUUUAAUUGUACGUCCUGCUUCUUAACUUUAUUUCCUGAAUUUCCUUUAUUUCCUUGUUGAAUGUAAUGAAUAUUACGCUUGUUCCAUUAAUUUAACCACAGGAGACAAGAUGUGAGGAGAACAUUGUUGUGAUAACAUUAUGAAAUUAUCUGUGCAUAUUUAUCAGGAAACGUUGGGCCAUGAACUACAAAGGACACUGAGCGCUGGGAGAUUUGAUAUCCUAUACUUCGCUAUGGCAUUGUUUGUUUUGUCUUCAUAUAAAACUAGGAAACUUUC